UUUACCGAAAUCCGCACGUUUAAUCCAAUUAAACAACAUCGAACAAAUAGCAAAUAGCAAAAAAUAAAAGAAAAAACAAGCAAAACAUCGCGAAUAACAAUGCAUUUGCCCCAAGGAGCAUUAAGCUUUCUGUUCAUCACAUGCAUGAUGUUCGCUCUGGCAGGCGGCCAUCCAUCAAGCGACAAGCUGAAGAUCCGAAUACACGUGCCGGUGAAGCACCACACACAUGUGCACACAAAGACGGUCAUUAAGAAGGUCCCGCUGCCCAUUCCGGUGCCGGUCAAGGAGCACCACCACGAGCCGAAGAAGCACCACAGCAGCCGGAGUCACCACCACCACCACCACCACGAGGACGACCAGGACGACGAUUUCGAGGGCUACGAGUACCCCAUCAAGGCCAAGCGGCGCACGCGGCAUCCCUUUGUCUAAGGCCGCAGGCAAACCACCCACUCAGCAACCCACUGAACCACCCAGCCACCCACUCAGCGGGGGAAAAUGAAAUCAAAUGAAAUACAAUUUACGCAGAUUAAGACGAAAAUAAACCAAAAUACGAGGCAGCUUGAGUACGAUACGUAAAAGAAGGCAGAAAAACACAAUCCUGGGUCUGAUUUGUCACUGUUUUUAGUGCGUAAGAGAAAUACGUAAAAUAAAAUAAAGAACCCUUAGAUGUAAGAGUAA